AUGAAGCUGAGGAUCGUUUUUUCAUUGGCGGCAGCAGUCUCAGCCGUUCAUAAAACCUUCGUCGGUUCGGACAGAAGCGUAGCGUAUCCAAUUUACUGCGAUGAACAAAAGUCGGAAAUUGAAUCUCUCGUCCCUACGUUUUCAGAAGAAGGUCCAGCUAUUUCAGUGCGAGACGGAAAGGCGAUUGUGAAUGGAUAUCUAUCUAAUGAGUACUUGUUCAAUACUAUUUAUGAUUGUACGAUGCGAGGAGGGAGGACAGAACAGGUCUUGUUGUUGGCGAUUUUGGAGCCAUCUGAUGUCAAGGUGAUCUCAAGCAACUUUGAUCCAAACUCGAAAAAAUCCGAGAAACUCGCGACUUGCACUACUGGCGAGACUUAUCCUCAGGCCACGAUUCAAUGGCUCAACGACCAAGGAAAUAUCGUCUUCGAAUGCAAUGAAAACUCGAAGCUUGAUGCUAACGAUUGCUUUGUCGAUUAUUCGGGAACUGGAGUUGCAAAAGAAAACCGCUACAGAAGCUCGACAGUUGAUGCCAGUCUGCGAGCAGAAAUAGACGCUAGUGAAAAGUACCAGUGCCGAGUUGUUUAUCAAAAAUUGGUCGACGGCCAAUCCGUAGAAUCAUAUCUCGACAGCCCGUUUCCAGCAGAAGGUUGUAUCGCUGGACCCUGCUCGAAGAAAGUUGUUGAUCUUCCUGUCGACCCACCAACUGAAACUCACAGAGAUUCACCGAAUGAAGACACUCCUAACCCGAUCGAAGACCCCGCUGAAGAAGAAAUUGACGUGGAUGCCGCUGGAAAUGGCAACAAAACUUUCUUGGUCGGAAGUGUCACUGGAAUCGUCAUUAUUGCGAUUAUUAUCGCAGUCAUAUUUUAUGUCAAGAAAAGAGGAAACGAAGAUGAAGAUGGAACUAAAUAUACUGAGGGAGCCCAGACAGAAGCCUAA